AUGAAGUACUCACUUGCCUUCAUCUCGGCCCUGGCCGCCGCCGCCGCCGCGAAGCCGGCCUUCCUCAACACCGCAUACCAGGUCGUCGAGGGCGAGAACUUCACUCUGAAGUACUCGGGCUGCGACUCUGGCUGCACCAUUGUGAUCCAGGAUGGGCCCAGCACCAACCUUAAGACGGUCAAGACGGUGACGACCGGUGCCACUGGCUCCUCCUUCACCUUCAAGCCGGAGGGCCUUCCCACGGGCACCUACGCCUUCAAGAUCACCGACUCCAAGGGCGAGUUCAACUACAGCCCCCAGUUCAGCUACCAGGGCACCGGCACCAUCUCUUCCACCUCCAAGGAGAGCGCGACUGCUUCCAGCACCGCCAAGUCCACCUCGGCUCCCUCGUCGACUGAAUCUGCCUCUUCGACCGAGUCCGAGUCCACUGCCACCGUCUCCAGCACCACCGGGUCUACCAGCACCGCCUCUGAGACCACCCUGACCAAGACGACCUCCAACGCUUCCUCCACCACUGAGGCUGCCACUACUGCCAGCUCUAGCGCCGCAUCCAAGACCUCGUCUGCUCCUCCUGCCUCGACCACCAUCCCCAACGCUGGUGGCCGCCUGUCGGCCCCCAUGGGUGUCGCCGGUGCCGUCGCCGUCAUGGCUUUCCUCAACUAA